AUGUCAGAAAAUUUGCAAAGCACGCCUUUCUUUGGGACAGAAUGUGCUCUGCGGCCAUCUGUGCCUGUGCUGAGGAAUGCCACACCCUCAGCCGGAAGCGCGUGCAACUUCUCCGGGGUUUCCACCCCAGCUGUGAGUUCAGCAUGGCUCCAGCCAUCAGACUCCAGCACUUGUUGCCAGCAGCUCAUGGACGGUGCCUACUUUUACCAAAGAGCUGGCACCACCAUGCUGACUGCACUGACUGACCAGAGCCAGAUCUCUACCUCGGCACUCUCCUAUCCAGAUGCUCUCCAGUGGGAUCUCACAGGAAGCACUGACAGGAAGGUCUUCACUGAAACUAUCAUUCACCAGAAUACCACGCUCUCCUCCCUGUCCAUGACAGCCCAGUGUGAGCCAAUGUUACAUCUCCAUGCCUUGGUCUCUUCCUGUCCAACAGUGUCUGCCACUUUUCUCCAGGCAACGCAGACACAGGUACCAAAUGAAGGAAACUACCUGGCACCGUCCUACCAGGAGGGCAGCCAGGACUAUUACUAUGACCAAAGCCGACAAGGACCACUGUUGGCUGGAGAAAUCCAGCAGUGCCUGCAGGCCUAUGGCUCUAUUUCCUACUCUGGGAGUCAGGCCUCUGCCCUGCAUCCAGAGAUGAUGAUGGUGUUCAAGGAGAUUCAGCCAACGAAUGUCCAAACACCUUUCUCCACCUCUGCCAUCUACUAUCCCAGUUCUGUUCAAGCCAGACCAGACACCAGUCUUCAAGGCUCUGACUUCUUCCUUCACUCCUUUUCAGUGGUGGAAAUGCAGACAUCCCUAGGAUUGACACCUUCAGGCCAGACACUCUGUCUGCUGCAGAGUCCAGACCUCUGCAAGGCCUGCCCACAGGAUGUCCAGAUGAAGACACCACCUGUCUCUGGGGACAGCUCUUUAGCUGCCCGCAUACACAGUCCUUCACAGUUCCUGACAUUGCCUCCAGCUCCAAGCCUGGAACAAAAAGAGAAUAACGGUAUGGAGGAGAUGACAGCUGAGCCAUCAACACCCAUGAAGGCCUAUGAGUGCAUAACAGAAAAACAAGAUGCACAGCACUUCCCUUUAACACACCCUGGUUUACAGCAGCCACUGACCUACACUGAUGAUGGGAGCCUGAGGCAGAAGGCAGUUUCUGAUAACUCCAAUUUGGGAAGUACUAGCCUUGCUCGGGAAGAGCCAGGGGCUCUGCAUAGAGUCAUGGAGUCCAGCAUUGAUCUUGAAGGCAUGACUACACUUGUGUCAGAUAUUCCCCUUCCCCAACUCUUAAACCCCCUCACUGACCUAGUCCAAUUGGAACAUCCCACAGCAACACAAUCACAAGACUUCAGAGUCUUCAGCAGGGAUCAGUUCCAGGAAAAUUCCACCGGCAGCAGCACAGACAAAGGGGAGCACAAGAAAGACCAGAAAUCCUCUAAUCACCUUCAUGGAUCUCCCCAGGCCAGAAUCCAGUGCCAGGUCCUGUUAGAGGGAGAAGAGGGUGUGGGCAUUGCUACAGCCAGUGCGAUGGGUAUUGAUCACUUGGCCAAGCACUUGGAUGGCACAGCUCACAAAUCUGCACAAAGCAGGGCCAGCACAUCUAGGGCACAGGGCCAAGACAAGAUCAAGAGGACCAGAGGAAACAAAACCAAGAAAACUGGGGAGCUGAAGCCAUCUUGUCCCAGAGCCAAGGUAGAAGACAAUCUCAGUAUCCCCAAGACUAGGAGGAAGAGGCAUCCAAGUGUGCUCAGCCAGGACAGCUUCAAAAAGCCUCGAACGCACCUCGGCAUGCACAUGCUGGAGGCCGUGCAGGUCUUUCACCCACUGGGAAAGAAGAGUGAGAAGAAAAUUGGCAUCUCCUCCUCCCAGGCUGUGCUAAACUCCAGCAGCAACAAAGAUCCCAGGACAGGACGGGCCACCACAUCACGGCUGGAUGAGCCACAUGAUGGCCGAGGGCCUGCUCCAACCCUGGGCAAUGCUCAGAGACCAGAGAGCAAUGCUCACAAGGAGUGUCCAUCUCCAUCCCUGUAUGAGCUGCCCCCUCCUGGGAAGGUCAAGUUAGUACCUCUGCCUUUCCAAAACCUGGACAAACCUCAAGCCAGACCUCUUUCCAGAAAGCUGCUCUCCCUGGCUUCCGGCAGGCCCACCGCAGCUUACCCUGUGAGGCCACAUCCCCACUCGGCACAGUCUACCACAUUCAAACCAUUCCAACCAGCUCCUGCCAGCACAUCUUUGAUGGCCUCUGACAAGACAGCUGUGGCGGCUGCCACCAGUACCACACCACUUAACAUAACCAACCACAUCCAUUCUUGCACUCGGCCAGCUGUCACUGGGCCUGCCCCCUACAGAGCAUCAUCUCAUACUUCACUCCCAAGGGAGCAUGUUUCUGCUGCCAGAAACAAGGCCCCAUCACCUCCCAAACCUCAAACGCAAUAUCUGCUGCAAGACUUCAGCCGCCAACCUAUCCCAUGGAGGAAAGUCGAUCUUCCAGGGCCAGACAUCUCACAGCCCAUCACAGCAGAGCAGAGGCCAGAGAGGGAGGCCAUGAAGAGAUGGGCUCAACAGGAGCGACAGAGUGCUGCCAAAGGCACCUCUCAGGACAAACUGCACGUUUUCCUUCACAGGGACAAGGAUAUGGAAAUUGAUCGAUAUUAUGGCUAUGCAAUGUAA